AAUUGAUUACUUCUUUUAUACAAUUCACUUACUCUUGCAGUCCGGCUUCGGUUGCGACACCAAUUGUGACAAGACAGAUCUUCGUUGGCGGAAGUGCUCCGGUCGUCAGACUGGAUGCCAUAACCCGCCGUGAUGGAUAGUGCAACAUGCAAUGUCAUCUACGUGGAUCGUAACGUACAUGAGGACCGAUUGCUCGAGUCUUCUAACACGGAACUACCCGAACCUGCCGAACUUCAACAUAAUCUUCGACUCCUGUUGAACGCUUUUGGUGACGUGUACGUGUGUACUAACGGCGCUGCCUGUGUAUCUGAACUGUUUCAUUUACAUGAUACCUCUAUGGUAGAGCUUAAGCCGACGCUUGUACUGAUCGACACACCACAUAACGAACAAGUGCUGGAAACGUCAUCUCCCGAGAGGGAUUACUCACCUUGUUCCAAAGUCUCGAAUGGCGAAUUAGGUGAUGACUAUGCCGAGGGAGAAUUGUAUGGAAUCAGACUACUCGAGCAGAUUGUCUACGAGACACAUACGAGAAGCCUCUCCAGACUGGUCGUGCCUAUUACUCUUAUCAACUUUUCUCUACUGCGAACACCACCCACCAACGAUGGCGCGAGCGACAACCUAGGACCACCGAGUUAUGCAGAUUACCUCUCUGCGGUGCCCGAUGCUACUAACGGAUUAUUAACUAAUCGCGCUUUACUGAGGAGAUGCCUGGACUCCGGCGCCGUGGAUGUGAUGGCCAGCCCGCUGCAUGUCAAGACUCUGACGACGCUCGAAGUCCAUGCGUACCGUGCCCACAAGGAGGCUGCUAGGGAACAGCAAGCACAGCUAGAGAUUCGAAGGGGCCGUAAACGAUCAUGGGUGGGCGUGCAUGAAGACCAGCCAUACUCGUAUCUUAGAGAGGCUAUGGUGUCUGGGUUGAUGAGAGGGAUAUGUCGUUCGGAUACGGAACCCGAGGAUCACGUCGGAAAUAUCAAGAUCAAUGUUUCAUCAGAGCUACGAUCUAAAAUUGCCGAGGCUAUUAGCCGAUGGCAUUUCUGUGCCCACGACUUCAGUAAUGAUGCUCUUCUCAUCGCCACCGUCUAUAUGUUCAAGCAUGCCCUUUCUAUGCCGGAAUUGGAACCAUGGCGAAUACCUACUGAGCAAUUAACGUCAUUUAUUGUCGCAACCCGUGCAGCCUAUAACACCUUUGUGCCCUAUCACAACUUCCGACACGCUGUCGACGUUCUGCAAGCUACCUUCAACUUCCUGGUGCAAAUCGGGGCCUUGCCACCUUAUCCUCCCCAGCCCAACUCUUCCGUUCCACCGAAAUCUCCAUUAGCAACGUUGCUGAGACCUUUCGAGGCAUUAACUCUUCUCAUAGGAGCGAUCGGUCACGAUGUCGGCCAUCCUGGCGUAAAUAACGGCUUCUUAAUUGUACUCAAUGCGCCCCUUGCGCAGUUGUAUAAUGACCGAUCUGUUUUGGAAUCUUUUCACUGCGCAGCUUAUUCACAAAUACUCCGGAGACAUUGGCCCUCAGUGUUCGAAAACACCAAGAUGCGUACUCUGAUGAUCAGCUCGAUUCUGGCAACGGAUAUGGGCCUACACUUCGAUUAUAUGAAGAAACUCGGCGACCUUCAGGAUAAGUUGACCGAGAAUCAUUCUAUCGAUGGCUGGAAUGGGCGUAUGAUAGAAGAAACAACGGCGCUCUUGUGCUCUCUAAUCAUCAAGUGCGCUGAUAUUAGUAACGUUGCAAGAAGACACGAUGCUGCCCUGCAAUGGAUGUACAUCCUUUGCGACGAGUUUUCGAGACAAGCGACGAUGGAGGAUGAGAUCGGCAUUGCAUCAUCUCUGGUUGCGCCCCCCAAAAAGAAUCUCCUCUCACUUGCCCAGGCUCAGUUGGGCUUCAUGAACAUGUUCGCCAUCCCCCUGUUUCAAGGAGUUGCUGACAUACUGCCCGCGAUGCGGUAUACCGUUGGUGAGCUUGAGACAAACAGAAGACUCUUCGAAAAGACGGUUGAAGAAAUCCCAGGAAUGGAAGAAGAGCGGAAGAAAAGGUUAACGGAAGGCGUGCCCUCGCCUCGUUCUCUAAGCUUCGCUAUGCAACCGGAAGAUUCGGGUAGUUUUGCGAUAGACGGAGCAAAAUGUGCCAUGAUUCCGAACCACGCUGCCAUGAAGAAAGCCAGCUCGUCACCACCCGAACAACAACAUCAUAUUCCUAGUAUACCAGGACAAUACAAAGAGGUCAGCGGCAUCUCGGUUGGCUUCAAUGGCGUUGCAGAGUACAUAGCGAACGAUUCGUUCAAUAUCAACGAAUCGGAGAACAGGGUGAUUGGGCACAACGGAAAGCAACGCUGUAGCGAAACAACAGAUGGCAGUAACUCGGUGCCGCCCGGAGAUUGGCAAUCGCAAGCUACGAGCGCGACUACGGGAAAGAUGCCCAUCUCGCCAAGUACCCAAGGUACGAGCAUCGUUAGCCAAGAAUCCCUCGAACAGCACUGCGGCCUCCCUACCACCACCGUCACAACCCCGGAUUGCCGCACCACAGCACGGAUGGCGGUUCUUGAACCUAGCCAUUUUGAGGAUGACCCUAAUGGGCAUGCGCUUAAGCCAGAGAAAAUGCUCAAGAAAAAGACGAGUAGAUUCAAGAUGAACGUCUCGACAUUUUUCCGAAGAAACAAGGGGGCUAGUUCACCAUCAUCAGGCGGUUCUUGAGGCUGGACGUGAUGAACCAGGGACCAAAAUGACACGUACGAAGCAUGAACGCAUUGGACGCACGACUGUAAUUAGUCGAACGACAACGAAGCAUCUUGCUUGCGAGUUCUAUUCCCUAUGAAUCAGGCAACUAUUUGCGACAGCACCGACACCGAUACCGACACCGUGGCGAUAACCUGAGCUGC